AUGGGUCGCGAGGCGGCUUUUGUAGCGAUCGGUCUUUCAACAGCUUGUGUCGCUUUAUGUUUCUUCCAUCUUGCGCAAAUUGACUCAAAAAUUGGAGACAUUCGGGGGAAUUUGGGAAGAGGAAUGGUUGAAUUCGAUAGAAUGUCCAGUGACAUUUGGAAAGAAUUGAUGGAUGUGCGCGGAGUGGUCGCAAAGGAGAACUUUAAGAAAAUCGUCAAGAGGCAAUCCCAGCCUGAGUGCCAUUGCACUGGGAACAAUCUUUGCCCAGCUGGAACACCGGGAAGACCCGGAAAUCCAGGAUUCGAUGGAAAUCCCGGAUCACAGGGAGAACCUGGAAUCAUCGGAGCACCAGCAGCAAAUGUCUUCUUUAUGUUGGCUCACAAUCAGAAGUGCCGGCAGUGCCCUGAGGGACCAGUUGGGCCACCUGGACUUUCCGGAAAUCCCGGACAACCGGGAAGACCUGGAGAAGCCGGAUCUGCUGGAGAGAUUGGAAAACCCGGUACAAUGGGACCACCUGGAGCCACAGGAGAUACGGGAGCUGACGGGCCACAAGGGAAAGAGGGAGCACUCGGACCUCGCGGAGCUGAAGGAGUACUUGGAGAACCGGGAGAUCCGGGAGAGCCGGGAGAGCCUGGACCUGCUGGACCGCCAGGAUUCAUGGGAUUCGAGGGAGAGCCUGGGAAACACGGGAAACAAGGAGAAACGGGACCAAUUGGACCUCCAGGACACGAGGGAGCCCCCGGCUCACCAGGAGGUCAAGGCUCAUAUGGAGCACCGGGAGCUCCAGGAGACGAUGGAAAAUACUGUCAUUGUCCUGUUCGUCAUCCAACAAAAAGAUCAAAGAAAGCGAAAAGAGUUGUCGCC